GCGGAGACGUUUUACUUCAUGAUUAUGGGCUCGGAAGUUUCUGACACUGAUGGGACAACGAUCACGACGAUCAAAGAUGAUUCGGAACUAGAAAUUAGCUUAAGAUCUACUACAAAUAAAAAAAGGGCGAGAUCUAUUUCCUCCUCGGAAGGUUACAUUGAUGAAUUGGGCGAAGAGUCUCAACUAAGUUCUGUGGGUUCACGUCUUGGUUCGCCAACCAGUAGAGGAACCAAGAAAAAAGUGAAAUCGAGUUACACCAAUUCAGGAAGUAAUAAAAUGACUUCAAAGAAACACAGGAAACCUGGUAGUCCCACAAGAUCCAAGAGACAAAUUAAGCCACUAACGAAACAACAACCUAUUCCCGUACAACCUGCAAGAAAACGAGGAAGACCUGCUGGUAUUAAGAAUAGAGUCCCAAUUCAGCAGCAUGAUAAUGAGAACGAUGAUGAUUAUGGAAGGGAUCUCGAUUCACAGAUAAUUCACAGGAGGAACUCGGGAAAAUUAACAGUAAUAGAAGAAAAUGAUGUGUUUGCAAAGGACAACGCCGGUCAAACAAAUUUGCAUCGGGCAUGUCAAGCAUGUUCAGGGGAAAGUCUGGAUAUGGUGAAGGCGUUAAUUAACGGAGGGGCUGAAGUCAAUGUUCGUGAUAAUGCGGGACUGACGCCACUUCAUGAAGCUGUGAAUGCUCAGAAUUAUGAUGUUGUAAAAUACUUACUAGAGGCCGGGGCAAAUCCAAAUAUGGGCGAAUCGGAUGGGGUAGAUACACCACUUCAUGAUGCUGUAAAUUUGACGAAUGAAGAAAUAAUUUCUCUAUUGGUAGUCUAUGGUGGCGAUCCGGAUAAAAUGAAUUUAAACGGAAUAACGCCAAAAAUGUUGGCUGCAGAUGAGCCGCAAAUUUUACCACUUCUUAAGUCAGCUAGUAAAGUCAAGGAACCAAAUUCACUAAUAGUGCGAAGGAAUACAGAGGCUAAAGUUUCCGAAGAAUCUCGAAGAAUCUCACCCGGGGAAGCAGGCAAAAUUCUACAUCGGAAGUCAUCUAUACCUAAUCAUCCAGGACGUUCAACGCGUUCAACUAAGACGAAUGGUAGAAGUAGAUGUAGUGAUAGCCUAAGGAAUAAUGGUGCUAGAGGGAUAACAUCAUCAAAUGAAGUAUUAAGAUUGGAUCUCUCAAUCGAUUCCAAAACCGGACGCAGUAGAUUGCAUCACUAUUCAAAGUUAGGUCACGCUGAAGCAGUAGUUGGCAUAUUAGAAAUGGACUCGUCGUUAAUCAAUCACGCGGACAAGCUAAGUCGACGAACUUCUUUGCACGAAGCUUCAAUAGAAGGACAUCAUGAGAUUAUAGGUUUUUUACUUGCUUACCAGGCUGACAUUAAUGCUCAGGACAAAUAUGGAAACACGCCUCUUCAUUAUGCCUCAUUUUAUGGACAUGCUGAUGUGAUCAAAUUACUACUAGAACACAACACGGCACUUAGAAUUAAAAACGAAGACGGUAAAACCCCUUUAGAAAUGGCUCGAGGUAGGAGAAAUGUUAUACAAUUGCUUUGCCAGGCACUUGAUGUUGAUUCUGACAAGUAUUUGUCUAACAAUAUCACUAAAAAAUCGGAACCUGGACAUGAGCAAAAAUACGAACCCAGAAACGUAUCCAAACGUACACCGGAGUUCUGUGAAGAUUCUGAAAAAGAAGGAAGUUCAGUGCGAGUUGACACACCAGAUGCUCAAUCAGAAACUUUUAGUGUUGAAUCAGAAAAAAAGAACUUUACCUACGAAUCAAUAUGUAAUAUGGAUACCGACACUGAUCUUGAACCUGUAUAUCAGGAUAGUGAUGGAAACUUUUCUUCAUCGUCACUAUCGGACACAGAAGAGUCACAACCAAAAACGCCAGUUCUCAAAGCUGGGCCAAUAUACGCCUUUCAGUUUGAUCCUAAAAUUGAUGGAUAUCCGCUAGUCCCUUACACCGGAAAUGAAGAUGCGCGGUUUGUAAUCGAUAUUCAAAUCGAAAGAUAUCUUGUGUGGGAUCGUGGGUCUUUAGCUAAGAAGAUAAAUCGGAAUAUAGCGCAAAGGAAAGUUACAUUUGAUGAGAAGAGAAUGUUAUGGCCAUUACUUAAUAAAGAAAUUUGGAGAGAUUCAGCGCCUGAAAGUCAUUCAUUUGAAAACAUUCAAACGGAACGAAGAUCACAAUUUGAUAAGUGGGAACUGCAUUUCAUAAAGUAUCCGGAUAUACUGAAAAUCAUAUCGGGGCCAUGGGAAGGACGUCAAAUAGGGGACCUUAAAAUAUUUCCAAUUGAUAUAGUCAGUAACGAUGGUAACAUAGACGAUGCAGAAGAAUCAGAUUGCUAG